UGCUCACACCCACGGUGAUGCAAGCUUAGAGCAAGAACAAGACCCUUCGCUACGGAGUCCCCAUGUUGUUACUGAUUGUUGGAGGUUCUUUUGGUCUGCAUGAGUUCUCACAAAUCCGUUAUGAUGCUGUGAAGAUUAAAAUUGAUCCUGAAUUGGAAAAAAAGCUGAAAAUGAAUAAAAUAUCUUUAGUGUCAGAAUAUGAGAAAAUAAAGGACUCUACUUUUGAAGACUGGAAGAAUAUUCGCGGCCCAAGGCCUUGGGAAGAUCCUGAUCUCCUUCAAGGAUGAAAUCCAGAAAUCCUUAAGACUAAGACA